CUCAGCCACACUUCAGCAAAAUGCAGUGGAGUCUACUACAUGCAGCAUCUCAGCUGGCACAUGGGACGUGUUUGGUUUUUCCUCGCACUAGUACCUUUCAGUGCUUAAAAGGACAAUCCGUGUUGUCUAAGGUUGGAUGCAAAGUGAUUCUGACACUGGACCCUCCUAAACGACGUCUUCAUGCAGGUGCAGCACACUUUGCCUCAAAGAAAAGUGCUUUUUCACCACAGCCAGCAGACACUCCCCACAAAGUACCGGAAGAGAGAAAUCCCUUGACUUCGGCCACUGACACACCCAGGCAAAGCCCUGUAGAGUCAGAUUCUUCAGAUGCGGAUCCAUUACAAGACAAAUCAAUUAGUCUCGUUCAGAGAUUCAAAAAAACUUUUAAGCAGUAUGGAAAAGUCAUGAUUCCAGUGCAUCUUCUGACUUCCACCGUGUGGUUUGGAUCCUUUUACUAUGCAGCCAUGAAGGGAGUGAAUGUUGUCCCAUUCCUAGAGUUGAUUGGCUUACCAGAGAGCAUCGUAAACAUCCUGAAAAAUUCCCAGAGUGGAAAUGCACUAACUGCGUACGCGCUGUAUAAAAUUGCAACUCCUGCCAGAUACACUGUGACUUUGGGAGGGACGUCCAUCACCGUUAAAUAUCUACGGAAGAGUGGCUACAUGUCCACCCCACCACCUGUAAAGGAAUACCUGCAAGACAGGAUGGAGGAAACAAAGGAUAAAAUCACUGAGAAGAUGGAAGAAACAAAAGAUAAAAUCACUGAGAAGAUGGAGGAAACAAAGGAUAAAAUUACAGAGAAGAUCCAAGAAACCAAAGAUAAAGUUUCAUUUAAAAAAAUAAAGGACUAGGAGAGAUACUUAAUUUCGGGAUGUAUCCAACUUAGCACUUUAACCAUUUGUGAGGCAGGAUAUAUGAAGUGCACUUCUGAGCUUUCUU